CUUUUUUUCUUCCGUCUCCAUUUCCACAUUGCUCUUGUUGCUAGGAAACCGGAAAUGUGCAGCAGUGAAAUGCUUCCCUCCCAUUAGAUCGACUAAAAGUUGAGUUAAUAAAACUGCGGCAUUAAAUAAAUCACGAAGUAUUAAUAUUAAACAGAUAUAAACCGAUAACUUAAAAGAUAAUGUAACUAUUCUGCUGCUGGUUACCGUAAAACACCCAAAGCACAUUAACCCACCGAUCUGCUUCUGACAUCCAACAUUACGCUAGCUUACAUAGCGUUAGCUCUGUAUUUGACUUCGGAGCAUUGUAAAUUAUCUUCAGCUCGGCACACGUGUUUCCAUUUUGGAAGAUAACCGGCUAGCUUCACAAUAACUACCGUUUUUUACUAGGGGUUUUAAUGCAGGUAUUAUUUGUCUUAUCUCUGACUAUGUUUUAACAUUACACGCAUUAAAAUGUUGCACACUUGGCUUGCCGAGAGCUUUCGUCAUCAUGGUCCUAGAGCCGUCCCACACCCUGUAGCCAGUCAACAGCAAUCACCUUUCUCACUGUAAAUGCAGCCGAGCACCGAGAGGCGUUUACAGGCAUUAUCGAUCAACUAUUAAUGUCCUGAUUCGGGUAUAAGGAUGGCCUCGCCUGGUAACCCCCCUCCUGUAGAGCAGUACACCCCUCCAGCACAGGAUGAAGAGAGGCAACAAGAGGAAGAGGUGAGGAGGGAUCAGCCUGCAAAAAAACGUGGCAGAGGCAGACCUCCAAAAGCCAAGCCAUCCUUCAAAUGCUCUGCAUGCACAGAGGCUUUCAGGAGUCUGUCAGCUCUGCGGACCCACAAGCUUUCGGCACACGUAAAGGACCGCCAGCAACAGCACAUGUGUUCUCAGUGUACUAAAACAUUCUCAAGCAAGGCUCAACUCUCAAAGCACGAGCGCACUCACUCAGCUCAGCGGCCCUUUCAGUGUCCCGACUGUCACAAGGCUUACAAGACACCCACAGAGCUACGCAACCAUAGCCGCUCUCACACUGGGGAGAAACCAUUCGUAUGCACAGAGUGUGGAAAGGCCUUUAUGCAAGCUAUAUGCCUGAGGAUCCAUAUGACACAGCACAGUGGAGAGCGCCCUUUCUCUUGCCGUCAGUGCUCUAAGAGCUACCCCACCCUGUCUAAACUGAAGGUGCACAUGCGCUCUCACACAGGAGAAAAGCCAUACUUCUGUGCUGAGUGCGGUAAGAGUUUUGCAGAUCCUUCUGUGUUUCGAAAACACAGAAGGAACCACCAAGGCCACCGGCCGUACGGGUGUGACGAGUGCGGGAAAACGUACACAGAGCUGAAGGACCUGAAAAACCACGAGCGCUCCCACACUGGAGAAAAACCAUACCUGUGCUCAGACUGUGGCAAAGCCUUCUCCCGCUCAUCCUCCCUUGCCUGCCAUCAGCGUAUUCACUCCCAGAAAAAACCCUAUCAGUGCGAGCAGUGUGGUAAAGGCUUCACCCAGCUCUCCUCCUACCAGUCCCAUCUCCGCACGCACUCUGGUGAGAAGCCGUUCCUCUGCCCACAGUGUGGCAAGAUGUUUUCUGACCCUUCCAGUUUCCGUCGCCACCAGCGAGCCCACCUAGGUUUCAAGCCAUAUCCCUGUGAUAAGUGUUCCAAGAGGUUCCGGCAGCCCGCCGAUCUGGCCGUGCAUGAGCGUGUUCACUCUGGAGAGCGGCCUUACAAAUGCCAGAGCUGUGACAAAGCCUUUGUAGCAUCCUGGGAUCUGCGCCGCCACAUGCUUGUCCACACAGGUCUUCGGCCCUUCUCUUGCACUGAGUGUGACAAGUCUUUUGCUGAGCGCUCCAGCCUCAACAAGCACCGGCGUGUGCACUCUGGAGAAAGGCCUUUCAAAUGUGAGGAGUGUUUGAAGUCAUUCGUGGUGUCCUCAAGCCUGCGCAAACAUGAGAGAACUCACCUAGCUGAGCAGUCUGAGCAGCAGCAGCAACAACAACAACAACAACAACAACAACAACAACAUCAACAACAACAGGAGACAGAGGCUGGGUCCGCCUCAGCCUUUACUAGCCACACAACUCUCCCUCAGUUCUCCUGUACUCACUGUGAUGCUACAUUUGGAAGCUGGGAUGAAGUUCAGUCACAUGAGAGUCUUCACUCCAUCAAUUCCACCCCUCCGACUGUGAACAAGAUCGCGCCCAUGGGCUCACAUGUCUGUGAAACCUGCCAGGCAGAGUUUGAACAGCUGGCAGACUUGCAGGACCAUGAGAAGCAGCAUCCCAAGCCGAGGCCUCAUGUCUGCAGCAGCUGCGGCAAAGGCUUCCUCAACAAAUCUGGACUUCGUAAACACCAGAAGAUCCACUCCACCAGCAAACCUCACAGCUGCCCCCACUGUGGCAAAGCUUUCCUGUUUGCUGCCUAUCUUCGCAAGCACUUGCGAACUCAUGCAGAACCGGCCCCGGCCGAAACACUCAGUGACCUAAACAUUAUUCAUACUGAUCCGCUUCCAUCUCCUCCACCCCCCAGUGAGGUCUCCCCCUCCACUGUUGAACCUAGCACUAUAUCCCUGACAGUUCCAGUGGCUGUAACUCUGACUGCUUUUCAGACUCUGCCAGAGUACUUGGUCAAAGAAGAGGGACUUUAAGCUUCUUUCUGUCAUUCUUUCUUUCUUUCUUUUUUUUUUACAGUUUUGGAAUUUUUAUUCCACAAAUAUUUAGCCGUACAUCUUUUUUUGAUAAUGGGUCUGAUGAUGUGUUUUCAGGAACACUUUUUUUUUUCAAAAAAGCUCAAAAUAGAGUCUCAUUUAUGUAAAUUGUCAGCACUUGGUCAAUAUUUUGCGAUAAGAUGUUACAUUUGAUGUUCAUGUUUUAAAAUGUAUGCUAUAAGUAGCCUACUAAGAAAUCUACACUGUUAUCUGUAAUCUCUUCAUAAAAAUAUGGUGUUACAAACAUGUAUGCUGAUCACUUAAGAUUUUGUGAUUUCAGGUAAAUGUGUUUUAUAAAGCUUUUAAUUUUUAUUUGGAACAAAAUGUUACUGUUUUACUGUGUAAGUAUUAACAUUAUUUAAUAUACGCUUCAUGGGUCAAAAAAAGACAAAAGAACUCCGUUGCAUUCCAAAAUGUCAAAUCAGUUGAGUUACAUUUUAUACAAAUAAAAAUAUGUAAUGCGUAAAUAGUUGUAAUGUUAUAGUGGUCAAUUUUAUGUUACACAUUGUUGAGUAUAUCUUAUGCACGAGCAUUUUAAUUAAAUGUUGAAAAGGCAAGUUAGCGUCACAACUGGUGUGAAACUGCAACAAAUACAUAGUACUGACACACUUUUCUCGUAACUGCUUGCAAAGCGAUAAUUUCAUCAGUGGGCACGAGGUAUAAGCUCUCACUGCUAAACUCUUUAUUCAUAUUAAUGACACAUAAUGUGCCUUAAAUUACUUGAAGUACCACGGAAAUUCAUGCGUAGCACCAGAUGUGUAUUUGCCAUGACAUGUUUUUAUGUUUUAAUGAAUAGCUUUCAUGCUUAAUGCACUUGUGUCUCCUUAAAGCUUUCUUGUGUGCGUCUGCACUGUGAGCUGGAGGUACAUACCGUGUAUAAACGGACAACAAAAGCCUUCAUCAUUCAGGGCAGAGAACAUUCUUUUAAUUAGGUUCUGUUUGAUCUUAAUGACAUUUUGUUGAUUUUAUACUUUUAAGAAUUCCUGACACACUCAUGAUAUAUAAACUAAAUUGAAUGGGACAGAAUCUGUCCUAAAUAUGUAAUUACAAUUUUAGCAGUUUUUGGGCUUUUUUUUUUACAACUUCCCCUCCGUUAAGAUUCCUAACAAAAGGCAGGAGUGACAAUGGCAACAAUAAUAACAGACCUUUUACCUAUUUCUCGCCUCCCACCUGCGCUCCUUGGCCCAGAAGUGGAGCUCUCAGGGGAAGAGCGAUGUGGAGUUGGAGGCUCGGGUUUUGUCCACAGACCUCCACAGAGAUAGAGGCGCAGUAUGCUUCUACCUGCUCUGCAUCCGCCUGCGUAUUGAUAAAGCUUGCGUUUGCUCUCUUGGAACCUGCCGGCACUCCAUAAUGUAUUGAGGCAUCUUUUGAACAACAGCAGUGCAUAUGUUUUUUAAAAUGUAUUAAAUUAAAAAACACUGCGUAGCUGCUAUCUUAUGGUUGUAUUUUAUGUUGCAUUGUCAAUUUGGUGCACAUAAGUUGCAUAUAUUAAAGCACAAUUACAUAAUCAUAUUCGUCACUAUAUUAACUGUUUAGUUGGAAGUUUACAUAUGUUGUGAGAUGUGUUUUGCUGACACAAAAGGAUCUAGGUGUCAGCUGCAUGCAGGUGUUUCAGAGUCAGGUUUUUCUUGUCUGUUUUGGUUAGUGUGACCUCUGACACAGUGACGGUGUCAAAUACACAUUCACGUUCGCCAUACUCCCUCAGCAGAUUGGAUGUGACACUGAAAGAAAUCAUAUGAAGUCUUACUUCUUCAUGAUACAGCUGACCAGGUGUGUUGUUGAUAUAUUGUAAUACAUUAUUUACAUUGUAAGCUUUGAGGAAUAUUUAUUCAG